UUCCCUCCAAUCCUCCAGAAUUACUUGUGAAAUCCCCUAUCCGGUGAAACUACAUACUCGCUCCGAAAAUCUCAUCCUCACAACUCACAUUGACUCAGAUCAGCAAUGAAAAUCAACAUCCUUACCAUUCUAUCCCUGCUCAUCGCCAGCAGUCUCGCCAUGGCUACAACCAGAUACACCGAGCCUAUCCCCGAGGGAAUCCCCGUCCUCGAAACACGCAAACAACUCAACGACAUGGCCGACCAAUAUCCCAUGGGGACCCUGGACGAUAGAAACGGCGGCUACUACCUGCUCGACCACGACGGCACCGUCUUGGCCGUUACCUCUGAUUCAUUAUGCGAGGAACUAGACGCCUCGAUGGAAGAAGCGAGAAGAAUUCACGCCGAUAAUCUGGACGAUGAGGCCGAUGUUGUUCCUAGGGAUGAUAAUGCGGCUGCUACUUGCUCACACCCGCGCUGUCAUACCCAUGCUUUGUGUCGGACAUACAGUGAUUGCCAUGUUUGUUCGUCGAGCUAUCAUUGGUGCUUUUGAUUCUUUAUUUUUGAUGCCGCUUGGGAUGGAUGUCUUGCAGAUAAAGGGGAAAACGGAUUGAAGCUCAUCUCUGAGGAUUAAAUAUGGUGAUAUUAUGACUUACUAGGUAUUCAACAUACUGUGAAGUGAUUGGAUACGAAUCACUUUUUUGCUUUAGUAUAGGUAGAGAAACUACUGAAUCAAGCACAAUUCUUUAUUGUGGUCCGAUUGCACACAGUCUAUGUGGAAAAUGCAGACCCGUUGACACUCGUUAUCAAGGAAUUAGGUGGAAAAUUUGA